AUCAGAGAAAAGUUCCCGAUCGGAGUGUCGCGUGUACUUACGAACGUCUUACAACAUAUUGUUCUAAUAAAUCAUUCUUUGAGAUUAUCAGAAAAUAUGUCGGUAAAUCAAGACGAGAUUUUUGUGCAAACAAAGGAAAACGCUCGCCGAGAAUUUUCGUUUGUUGACGAAGACACAGUGCCGUUAGAUGGAUCCAAAGCAUAUCCAUUACAGCCUCUGAAGCCAACGUCAGCUAUCGUGGUCACAGGCUACAUUCCCCCCGAUGCAUUAAGAUUUUCAGUAAAUUUAUUAUGCAAAGCAGCCAGCAACAUUGCUUUACAUUUCAAUGCGCGAUUAGACAGGGGCUACGUUGUACGAAACACGAAAUUUAAGGGGUCUUGGGAAGAAGAGGAAACAUGUUCUCCGGCUGCACAUACCGCCUUUCGGCGCAACUCUUACGUACAUAUUUUGAUUUUUUGUACUGCCAACGCGUUUCAGAUUGCUAUAAAUGGGGAGCACUUUUGCGCAUUCUCGUAUAGAAUGCCUCUUGAAGACAUAACAGGCAUCGAAAUCAAUGGAUCGCUCGAAGAUACUAGGUUUAGGCAGCUCAAGUUGUUUGUUUAUCCUGAUCCAAAACUAUGCAGGCCAAACAAUUUUUUAAGUUUAAGAAUCGAUCGACCACUUGUUGAAAGCCUCGGUGUUCCAAUUACGGUGGACCUUGACAGUGAAUUCAAAGUAGGAACUAGACUGUUUAUUGCUGGAAGAUUAAAACUUCUUCCUCAUUCGUUUUAUGUGAACUUACAGAAGGGAAAGAUGAUCUAUCCUCAUCCCAUAAUUACUUUCCACUUUAAUCCCCGUUUUAUGUACGGUAACUGCGCCCCCUAUGUCGUAAUGAAUUGUUGGAUGAAUGGAUCUUGGGCACACGAGGAAAGACACGAUGGACACUUAUCCUGGAUGCCUGGUCGUGAUUUUCUUUUAACCAGAAUUCGAUGUGAAUGCGAAACAUACACGAUAUGGUUGGGAGACAAAAUGAUUAGCGAAUUCAAACACAGAUUACAACCAUCUAUCAUCGAUACCCUUAGGAUUUCCGGAGAUAUCGUGCUACACGAAUUAGCAAUGACAUAAGCAACAUAAACGAACCUCGUCGUAUAAAUUUCUAUUGUUUAUUACCUAUUUUGUUAAAUAAGUAGAAUUGUAAAUUAUUUUGCAUGUGAAUGAAUUACAAUAUAUUUCAAUAUAUUUAAUUAUGUUGAUGGCUUAGGUAACACAUUAAUAUUUUAACAAAGAUUUAUUAUUAAAUAAUUGAUUAUAUUGAUUAAUGUAGCUUAGCCUGUGGACGUAUUAGUAAUAUCUUCUUUAUUUCCUCCUUCAACAAAUUAUUGUUUCUC